UUUCCAGCAGGACAGCGGCACACUGCUCACUAGUCUGGUGUCCGAGCUAUCCACUCUCCUUUUAUCUAUUUUCUUCAGCUUUUUUCAGGCAUUCAUCUGGAUCCUUUUGUUUUUCUUGGCUGACACAUUCCUAGUCUGUGAACCUAUCAGCUAAUUUUAGACCAGCGGAACAAACUUUUGUCCUUUUCCCACCUUGGCGCUUGGCUGGUGGGGUGAAGUUGGUCGCUAGGCUAGCUGUCAUGUAAGCAGCGUGCCCUCUCCUGUGGCUGUAUUUCACCACCAUGUCUACAGGAAGCUUAUUCUCUGGUUGCUAGGACAACCAAGGAGGAUGGUCCCCUGCAGGAGCUGGGGAAGCCUCGGGCGGCUUUACGGUGCGUUGCUGUGCAGCAUGUCUGCUGAGCUGCUGUGGGCUGGGAGGAGAAGGAGGAGGAGCCAACUUUGUAGAGGAGCUUUUAGCAGCUCAGUAUGGGUCCUGCUGCUCCACUGCCCCACCAUGAGACCGAGCUCAAACAUAAGAGCUGGUGCUCCUCUCCCCCCCUUCUGGUCACUUGGCAGCUCUGACUCCCUCUGCUACUGUAGUAACAGGAGAGUUAAGAUGUCAUCAUCUUCAUCAUCAUCAUCAUCAUCAUCAUCCUCCACCAACGAUGGACAAGAGAAGUCUAAAGCUAAGUCCCAGUCUAACAAGAGGGGAAGCCUGCAGAGCCCCCCCAGCCCUGACGUCAGAGGUGUGUCUGCGCCCAAGCCUCUCAAACCUCAGAGAUCUCUCCCAGGAACACCCGUUUCCCUCUCACAGCACCCGGUUGACCUACGAACAUCCAUGGAGGAAAAAUUCAAAGAGAUUGCUGAGGACCUGUUCACACGCAGCAUGGCAGAGAACGAGAUGCGCAGCGCGCCCUACGAGUUCCCGGAGGACAGCCCCAUCGAACAGCUGGAGGAACGACGGCACCGCCUGGAGAGGCAGAUCAGUCAGGACAUUAAGCUUGAGCCAGAGAUCUUGCUCCGCGCCAAACAGGACUUCAUGAAAAUCGACAGUGCUGCAGACCUAGAGCUGAUGAUGGACAAAAGCCUGGACGUUGUUGAUGUUGGCUUUAAGGAGCGGGAAAUACUGGUGGAGAGAGAGUACCAGCGGGUCUCAAUAUCUGGAGAAGAGAAGUGUGGGGUGCCCUUCACUGACCUUGUAGAUGCUGCCAAGUGUGUGGUGAAGGCCUUGCUCAUCAGAGAGAAGUACAUAAACCGCUCCAUGCAGACGUUUUGUAAGACCACAGCUCAUGCUCUGCAGGAUCUGGGGACAAACCCUCUGGAUUUGGGGAUUUAUGAUGACGUAGCAGAGACACCUGUAGAUGCUGAUGCUCCUGUUCACCCUCCAGUUUCAGAGACGCACCCUUAUGACAACCAGGACCCCAGCAACAUGCCAGCAGAUGCAGGAUACGGAUGCUUGAUGGUGGGCGGAGUCAUGCACGUCUACAACAAGAGAACCAACAUGGAUAAGAGCACAGAGCUCGACCUGCCCUAUCCUGACCUGAAAGAGUACAUCGCAGACAUGAACGUCAUGAUGUCCCUCAUCAUUAACGGACCAGUGAAGUCUUUCUGCUACCGCCGCCUGCAGUACCUGAGCUCUAAGUUUCAGAUGCACAUCCUCCUGAAUGAGAUGAAGGAGCUGGCAGCUCAGAAGAAGGUUCCUCACAGAGACUUCUACAACAUACGGAAGGUGGACACUCACAUACAUGCGUCAUCCUGCAUGAACCAGAAGCACCUGCUGCGAUUCAUCAAGAGAGCCAUGAAGAAAUACCCCGACGAGAUCGUUCACGUGGAGCAGGGGCGUGGUCAGACGCUGAGAGAGGUUUUUGAGGACAUGAACCUGACGGCGUAUGACCUGAGCGUAGACACGCUCGACAUGCACGCGGACCGAAACACUUUUCAUCGGUUUGACAAGUUUAACUCCAAGUACAACCCCAUUGGAGAAUCCAUCCUCAGGGAGAUCUUCAUCAAGACGGACAACUAUAUUGAAGGGAAAUACUUUGCACAUAUAGUUAAGGAGGUGAUGUCUGACUUGGAGGAGAGCAAGUACCAAAACUCUGAGUUACGGCUGUCCAUCUAUGGUCGCUCCAGAGAUGAAUGGGACAAGCUGGCCCAGUGGGCCGUCAACCACAGAGUGUACUCCGAUAACGUGCGCUGGCUCAUCCAGGUGCCACGUCUGUUUGACGUGUACCACACCAAGAAGCAGCUAGCUAACUACCAGGAGAUGCUGGAGAACAUCUUCAUGCCUCUGUUUGAGGUCACCAUCAACCCCUCCAGCCACCCUGAGCUGCAUCUCUUCCUGGAUCAUGUGGUGGGCUUUGACAGCGUCGACGACGAGUCCAAACCUGAACACCACAUUUUCAAUCUGGACAGUCCCCUGCCAGCAAACUGGACAGAAGAGGACAACCCGCCCUACUCCUACUACCUCUACUACACCUACGCCAACAUGACUGUGCUCAAUCACUUGCGAAGGCGACGGGGCUUCCACACGUUUGUGCUGCGACCUCACUGCGGCGAAGCUGGGCCGAUCCACCACCUGGUGUCAGGUUUCAUGCUGUCAGAGAACAUCUCCCAUGGGCUGCUGCUCAGGAAGGCCCCUGUUCUUCAGUACCUGUACUACCUGGCCCAGGUGGGCAUCGCCAUGUCCCCGCUGAGCAACAACAGUCUGUUCCUCAGUUACCACCGCAACCCGCUGAUGGAGUAUCUGUCCAGGGGACUCAUGAUCUCGCUGUCCACUGAUGAUCCCCUUCAGUUCCACUUCACUAAGGAGCCGCUGAUGGAGGAGUACAGCAUCGCAGCUCAGGUGUGGAAACUCAGCUCGUGUGACAUGUGUGAGUUGGCCAGAAACAGCGUCCUCAUGAGUGGAUUUUCACACAAGGCUAAAAGCUACUGGCUCGGUCCCAGUUACUACAGAGAGGGUCCUGAGAGCAACGACAUCCGCCGCACCAACGUCCCUGAUAUUCGUGUGGCGUACCGCUUUGAGACCCUCACUGAGGAGCUUCACCUCAUCACCCACGCCGUGCGCACGGAGGAGCUGGAGGAAGGGGACUCUCUGACCAUGGGUCCCCUCCCUGGACAGCGCUGAAUUCCUCCUGUGGACUGGACUCUGUGGGCCGCUCAGCACCACGCUGAGCACACGUGAUCCCGGCCUUUGGCCUCUGAAACCCCCACCAAGCAUCAGUUUAGAAGUUUGCUGCACUUUCUAUUAUUCAGCUACCAAAAAGCCAAGUUACACCACAUGACCUUUCAUUUCCUUUGUGCUGAAACAAAAGCAGAAAAAUGGCUGUUUUCUCCUUUUUGUUUCAACAUUUAAUGUUAUUUUCUGUAGUUUUUAUCACAUGUUGAGUCUGAAUCAGCUUCAGGUUGUUUUUAUGGUUUAGCAGCAGAGAAAUGGGCAGGUUUCACUGAGAUCCUGUGUGUUUACGCUGAUUAAUUACACUAGAAUACACUGUCUUGUUAUCAUAGUAGCACAUUGGGAUCAAUGUUUGCACAGCAGCAAAGUUUCUGAAGGUUUUGUACUAAAUCAGCCAGGUGUGAUGCUUGGUGUGGUCUGAGAUCAUAAUUUGCUAAAUUGCACAUUCAGACGUGUUCUCCUGUGAUUCUAACCAGACACAAACUCCACAACCUUCAAGUUUUAAAUGUUUAUUAUUAUUAUUAUUAUGGUUUUCUGAAACAUUCCUCAAAGCAAACCAGUUCUUUAGCUGCAAAGGAAAUAAUUCCCUGGGAUUUAAGAGAAAUGUCGAGCACAAAUAAAUGUGUUUGCGUCGCCGUGGCUGUCUAGCAACACCUGCAUGACUGGUUUCUGUUUCUGUGAACAAAGUCAAAAAUAGCCACAGGAGUGCUUGCAUGCACUAAACUGUCUAUAAGCACCAAGCUAGAUCUUCACAGUGCCUUUUCAUUUCUACCAGAGUGCUGCACGCCCCUCAACUUGUCGGUAAACUCCCACGGCUAGCUGACGGACCCAGAGCGCCGUUUAAAGUAGCUUUCACCCUCUGAUCUGUUUGAGGGUUUCUGCAUGAUCUGCAUGACUCAUGGGUGCUAGGAUGUUGUUUACACAAAGCUGUAAUGUAAAGCAUCUUAGUUGGUGCAGGUCUGAAAUCAGUUCUUAGUCCUGAAUCGUUUUUAUGCAACAAAAUAAACAGAUUUGAAUUCAGCUGGCCGUGGUUCCGUGAUGUUUCUGUGGACCUCCUUCAGACCUGAUUGAAGCUGCGCCUCGAGCAUUUACCACCCUCACGUCAUCACUCAGCACAUCCUCCCGUCAGCUUCCAGCCGAGGAUUUUAGUCACUGAAUUGUAUUUGGGAAGACCAGCUGUAAGUUGUUAAAGUGUGUCAGUGUUUGCUUUAGAGGAUAAAAGUCAGACUUGUCGCUUUCUAGAGUCCUGCAUCAAACUCUGAGAAACCUACGUGAUUGUUGGAUUUAAUCUGAGUAGAGGUGAGAAGUUUUCCAUUUUCAGUAUAAUGAUGUUAAGGAUGCUAACGCUUGUUGUGGAUGAGCAGAGUGUUAUGAAAUAGUUUUAUAAUCUAGUUUAACAUAGAUGGUCUUAAUCUCUGCCUGCUCUGCCUGUUUAUUACUAAUAUUAUUAUUAUCGUAGUCAUUUCCUUCUUGAACUCUGUGUUUUUUUGACUACUCUGAUGCAAACAGACAUCCACGAAGCCUCUUUGUUUAGAAGUCACUGACUCGUGGAAGACGACUCUUAUUCGGGUUAAAGAGUUAACACGUGAACGUUUUGUCUUUUACAUCCACCACUCAGAGCGUCCUACCUCAUAAACACUCUCAUACUUGUUGGUUCUUUUGGUUUUCCUCAGAAUCGUCAGUAUUUCAUUCACAGCAACAGAUUUAUGACGUUAUUUACCGACUUGUUUAGAACGUGUUGAGAAAAAAAUUAUUUUCCCAUUAAAAACAUUUCUAUUGUUUUUAGUUGUGAAAAUGGAGCAAAGCAAACAUUAUUCAGUUAUUUUUUCAACACAUUUACAGUAAACCGCGCAUAAAUGUAUAUCUGAUUUCAGCUUUAAAUGUAAAACAUGUUUAGUUUUGAUGAUUUUCUUUCCUCUGUGUUUUAUUUUUUAACAUGAAGGUUUUAUUUUGAGGCGGACGCUUGAUAAUCUGCAGCCUUGCUGUUGCUUGACCUCCAGCCUUUUACAGACUCUGAUCACGUUUGUGUGUAGUGCCAGAAUAAAAGAAUAAAGCGUGUUCAUCCACCCAA